AUGUCGAGUGGCACUAUUGCCGCUGUCGCGGAUCAUGUGUCGAGCUUGUGGGUUCGAUCCAAGGGGACACUAAAGGCUCCUGAUGUGGAUUCCCAUCAUGUGCUCGGACCGCAAGAGGAAUUGCGUUUUUACCAUCGCUCCCAUUUCGAGCCCUGGGCGCUUUCGCCCUUGCUGCUGGACAAUGAGGUUGCAGUGACAAGCUCGCGGGUGGUUGUCACGGAAAGUUACACCACACGGGUGGACUUCAAGCGCUUGGGCUUUCCAACUGAUGCUUGCGACAGCUGGAAACAGGAGUCAUUUGACCUCGAAGUCGUCCGAGGCUAUGAAGCACAGCGCGUAGUCCCGAAGCUCUGGCAGCUUCUGCUACCGUUGAUGGCCCUGGCCUGGUGUGCGCUGGUGCUGUCUGAGAAGCAUCCGAACGUGCUUGACAUCAUCCAUGAUAUAAUCAUCAUGCUGCCGAUUGAGCAUGCUCUCUGGCUUGCUGGUGGCACUUGUCGGGGUCUGCCAGUUUGCAGACAUUCUGUCGCUGAACCACUUCGAGCGGCCGCAGGGGCGAUCAGGAAGUAUUCGCAGUUGGGACAGGGAGGCCCGCCGGCUUUGCUGGAAAUAGGGCGUUCCGGCUAUCGAAGCAAGAGGUACAGAAGGGCCAAUGUCAUUCAGCCAGACCCAGCAGCGCCUGUAUCAGCUACUACCAGCUUUAAGGCGACAAGCAGGUCCGACGAGUCCGACGGCUCCGACGGGUCCGGUGAGCCCGCAGUGCCCGCAGAUGAGUGCACGGACUUCAUCCCCUGGAGCGAUAUGGAUGCCAACGAUUGUCAGAAGUAUGCGGAGCCUGGAUGGCUGUUGUCUUGCCAUGACCUUCCAACUGUUCACGAGCGCAUCAGCGAUUUGGAUGAGCGGCUGGACGCGAAGCUGAACCUGUCUCCUCGAGACACAUGCUGCGCUUGCGGCGGUUCCAAUGCCACAGGGCGUGCGCUGGCCAUAAGCAAACUUGCAAGCGCUGUGUACGAUGUGCUGGAAUCCAUUGACAACAGCCAAGAAGUGGAGUCACAAAUCCCUGCGCCCACCAUCGCGAGCCUCAAGGCAGUUCUGGAUGGCCCUGAUGGGAAGCAACUGCUGGAAAGUCGAUUGCUGCCGUUGACCAAUGAAGAGCUGGCUGCAGCCGGAGGCCUGGCUGGGGACAGCUCUGCCCACUUGUAUUUCAAGAAGCCGCAGGAGCUGCUGCCGGCCAUCGAGCUGUUGGCAGCUCUUUUUCCGUCGCCGCAUUCUGCAGAAGAAGCACGAGCUACCAUGGAUACAAACCCGGAAGAGCAGCGCCAAUUGCAGGAUGUCGAAAAGCGGAGUAGCAGUGACCAGCUCAGCCGUUUGCGUGACAUGGGCUUAGGCCACAUCGGCCCAGCGAUGAAUGCAGCCAUGCACUUUCUUUCCCACAGCAUGAAGGCCCUGAGCUGUUUCUGGAGGAUUUACUUUCUAGUGCUCUCUGCGAUUUCUGGGCUGGCAGUGGCGUGGUGGGUCAACCUUCUGUGCAGACCCGUCACCUACGUCGUCCUUCGAAGUCAUGAGAAGUUCUUCGGCCAACGGCAGCAGAUGGAACAAGUCGACAUCCUGAUGCAGAAUCGUUUCAACUCACAGCGGCUGAUUGGCUUCUUCCUGCCAACAGAUCGUGUGAGUGAGUUUGCAGCAGCGCUCGGGGACACUUCGCCGCCUCAAGUGUAG